AUGGCCAUGUACAUGGCCAUGAAGCUCAAACCUAAACCCUAUCAUGACUUUGAAUUCCUUGGUUACUGUUUUCAACUUCACCAUCUUCCAUUUUCCUCGCUCUCACCCUUUCCCUACAAAGAUCACGACCUCUUAUGCGCAAUCUCCGAAGCCAUCCACGAUUCCCAGACCAAACAACACCAGGAUUACUCUCAGAACCCAAGACUUCGGCGCAUCCUCCCUUCCCUUACGCCUCGCCACGUCACCAACCUCAUCACCCUCAACCCCCUCUCUCUCUCCCCUUCCACCCUCCUCUCCUUCUUCAACUACCUCGCUUCGCGUCCCCCCUUUCGCCACACUCUCCAUUCCUACUGCACCAUGCUUCACUUCCUCUGCCUCCACCGAAUGCUACCCCAAGCACACUCCCUUCUCUCCUUCCUUGUUUCCCGAAAAGGAUCCAACUCCGCUUCUUCCCUUUUCUCUUCCAUUGUCCGUACCAUGUCUCCCCAUCACCACUCCGUUGGCCUAGUCUUCGAUGCUCUAAUAUGCGCUUACGUUGAUUCCGGCUUUAUAUUCGAUGCUGUUCAGUGUUUCAGGUUGGUUACGAAGAAUAAGUUCCCCCUGCCGGUUCGCGGUUGCGAGAAUCUGCUUCAUCACGUGGUGCGGUUGAAGCCCUUUGAAGUCGAACGUUCCUGGGCUUUAUAUUUGGAAGUUUUGGAUUCUGGAUAUCCGCCAAAAAUUUAUUUUUUUAACGUUUUGAUGCAUGGGUUUUGCAAAGUUGGUAAUGUUGGGAAUGCGCGGUUGGUGUUCGAUGAAAUUUCCAAGAGGGGUUUGUGGCCGACGGUUGUUAGUUUUAAUACUUUGAUCAGUGGGUUUUGUAAAACGGGGAAUGUAGAGGAGGGUCUUUGGUUGAAGGGUGUUAUGGAGAGUCAGGGGAUAUGUCCUGAUGUUUUCACUUACAGCGCUUUGAUCAAUGGCUUGUGUAAGGCGGGUAGGUUGGAUGAGGGAAGUCUUUUGUUCGAUGAGAUGUGCGGGAGGGGAUUGGUUCCGAAUGGUGUUACAUUCACCACUUUGAUUGAUGGACAGUGCAAAGGUGGGAAGGUUGACUUGGCAUUGAAGAAUUUUCAAAUGAUGCUGGCUCAGGGUGUUAGACCUGACUUGGUUACUUAUAAUGCAUUGCUCAAUGGUCUCUGUAAGGUUGGAGAUUUAAAGGAGGCUAGGCGGCUUGUGAAUGAGAUGAGUGGCAGUGGUUUGAAGCCUGACAAGAUCACUUUCACUACACUGAUUGAUGGAUGUUGCAAGGAUGGAGAAAUGGAAUCUGCACUGGAGAUUAAAAGGAGAAUGGUUGAAGAGGGGAUUGAACUUGAUGAUGUAACUUUCACGGCUCUUAUCUCUGGGCUUUGUCGAGAUGGGAGAGUUCAUGAUGCGGAGAGAAUGUUGAGAGAUAUGUUGAGUGCUGGUUUCAAACCGGAUGAUCCAACGUAUACCAUGGUUAUUGAUUGCUUUUGUAAAACGGGUGAUGUUAAAAUGGGGUUCAAGUUGCUCAAGGAGAUGCAAAGCAAAGGACAUGUGCCAGGAGUUGUCACGUAUAAUGUGCUAAUGAAUGGGAUGUGCAAGCAAGGUCAGAUGAAAAAUGCUAAAAUGCUGUUAGAUGCAAUGCUUAAUUUGGGGGUGGCUCCAAAUGAUAUUACGUUUAACAUUUUACUAGAUGGUCAUUGCAAGCAUGAAAGCUCAGUUGAUGUUGACACAUUUCAUUCUGAGAAAGGACUUGUUACAGAUUAUGAGACAUAUAAAGAGCUAAUUAAUGAAUCAAGUAAAACCUCAAAAGAUCGCCUAAAGAGAUGA